CAAAUCAUGAAAGCAAACCAUAAAACCAAAAGCAGGCAAAGGAAUAACACGUAAAAAAGAGGCCGAAAAAGGAAAACAAAAGGAUGCGGUACUUUCUCAACUUAUACUACUAACAGGUCCUUUCCCUGCCAUUUGGACCCAGGUAUCCCACUUGUCAGUGAGAGUAGCUUGGAGCGUCUGAUGAUGUAAGCGGUCGCUUGAACGGCAGUGGAUAUAUAAAUCGAUUUGCCCGGAGCAUAAUGACACCCACAGCUGAAUUGUGCCGAAACCAACCAACUCCUCCUCUCUUCUUCUUCUACCGGUCGUCCUCGGCAAUGGCGACGGCGUGGGUGCGCUCUCUCAGCUGCAAGUCGACCGCCGUCGCCGACGACGUCUAUAGCUCGCCCAAGAAGCGCCCGCCGCCGGCCAAGGGCUCUGAAGCAUUGCUGCCGGCUUGGGAGAAGCCAAGGUCUAGAAACCAGCGCCUGGAUGGACUUGCCAGGACUCCCAAGCCGGAGACGGAGAAGAUGAUGAAGAAGAAGCCCAGGGAUCCAAGGCAGAAUAAGCUCGCGGCAUCGUCGUCUUCUUCGUCACCGGCGGCGGCGUUGCUGGCGAUGACGGAGCUGCCGGAGGGCCACUCGUCGCGGCGCGUGGUCGAGCUCAUCUUCGCCUCCGGAUGGGGAGCCGAUGACUCUGUUCUUCCGGAGGUGGAGGCGCUCUUCCGGGUGCAGGCCACGGCGCGCGCCGCGGCGCGCUUCGAGGACGCGCGGCGCGCCGCAGCGCGCUCGCCCGGCGCGGACGCCCGGUGCGCCGCGGACGGCAACGAGAUGAUGCGGUUCCAGUGCCUCGCCGCGGACGGCAACGAGCUGCUCUGCGCCGCGGUCGCCACGUGCCGGCCCGGGUCCGCCGCCGUGCGCACGUUCGCCAGCAGCGGCGCGGCGCACGCGGCCGCCGGCGCCGGAGCCGGAGAAGAAGGGGAAGCUUCUUCGCGCAGGAGGGGCAUGCUGGUGUGCCGCGUAGUCGCUGGCCGCGUUGGCCGCGCCGAGGAAGACGGCGACUGCGACUCGGUGGACAAUGGCGGCGGCGAGCUCGUGGUGCUCGACAGCCGCGCCGUGCUCCCCUGCUUCCUCGUCGUCUACAGGGCGCCGACCUGCCGUUAAUUUCCCCCCCUGUGGAAUUACCGCCAGUGAUUAAUCUGCUAACUGUUACUCUGUUACUGUUGAUUAGGAUUUGAUUUGAUCUUGCUUGCCCCCAAUCUUUCUUAGCUGCUCGAUCCGAUCCGAUGCGUGAUGAUGGAUGUAGGCGACAGGAGUUAAUGGUGUGCAUGCAUGUGAUGAGAUGAGACUGUAAAUGUAAAAAAAAGCUUCUUCUUUUCCAAUUCUUUUACCACUACUGUACCAUUGCUUGCUCAAAUGAAAUCAAUGGUAUACAAAAUGCAA